UGCACUGUUUAGCACCUGACUUUCUUCUGCACGAAGUUUUCAGGUUUGUUGCUGGCUGAGUGAGCAGGAGGACGCCAUCCAUUUGCUGCUCUAAAAUUAAACCACAGGUUCCAUGAUGAGGCGACUCGACGGGAAAGUCAUCAUCGUCACAGCCGCUGCUCAGGGGAUCGGCCGGGCAGCGGCCUUAGCUUUUGCAGGAGAAGGUGCCAAAGUCAUAGCCACAGAUAUCAACGAGUACAAACUGCAGGAACUGGAAAAGUACCCCGGUAUUCAAACACGGGCUCUUGAUGUCACAAAGAAGAAACAAAUCGAUCAGUUUGCCAAAGAAGUCGAGAGACUUGAUGUUCUCUUUAACGUUGCUGGGUUUGUCCACCACGGAACCAUCCUGGACUGCGAAGAGAGGGACUGGGACUUCUCGAUGAACCUCAAUGUCCGCAGCAUGUACCUGAUGAUCAAGGCGUUUCUGCCCAAAAUGCUUGCUCAGAAAUCUGGCAACAUUAUCAACAUGUCGUCUGUGGCUUCCAGCAUCAAAGGAAUGGUGAACAGAUGUGUGUACAGCACAACCAAGGCGGCCGUGAUUGGCCUCACCAAGGCCGUGGCGGCAGACUUCAUCCAGCAGGGAAUCAGGUGCAACUGUGUGUGCCCAGGAACAGUUGAUACCCCAUCUCUACAAGAAAGAAUACAAGCCAGGCCAAAUCCUGAAGCGGCACUGAGUGAUUUUCUGAAGAGACAGAAGAUUGGAAGAUUUGCAACUGCAGAAGAAAUAGCCCUGCUUUGUGUGUAUUUGGCUUCUGAUGAAUCCGCCUUCAUGACAGGCAAUCCUGUCAUCAUCGAUGGAGGCUGCAGCUUGUGAUUUCAGGAUCUCCUUGUGGGGAAGGCAGGCCCUUCAUGUCCACGGUGAACCUGCUUUUGGAGAAAACUCACCAUUACGUCCUUCUUAUUAAUCAUGUAGGAAUGAAAACAAGCCCUUUCUAAUGAUGUCAUUGCUCACCAGUCCAGUUCUUUAAAUACAUUAAUCUCUUUCUAAUCUCCUCUACAAUCAUUGUAGAUGACAUAAAAGAUAACAAGCUCACGGUAAAUGGGUAGUUUUAAAAAUAAACUGCAAGUUAUAAGCACAUAAAGUCAAAUGUCAGUAUGAAGAAAAAAGGUUUUUUAAAAAGUAUUAAUUUCUAUUUUCCCAAUAUUCAAAUAUUUUAUACAGCUCUGCACUUGUUAGUAUAUGGGAACUAAGUUUAAAAUCUUACACCUUUAUAAAUGAAUACCAAGGCUAAGAAGUAGUUUGGCUUCAAUAACUUACAUUAAAAGGAGUUUAGUCAGACUACUGCUGAUCUGUUACAUAAAAUAA